GGAAAGCAGACAGCAGAGCUUGUGGAAGAGCAAAGAUGCCAACCCCGAACAUCUCCACCUCUGCAGCCAAAGGCUUCCGCAGGGCGGUGUCAGAGCUGGACUCCAAGCAAGCUGAGGCCAUCAUGUCUCCACGGUUCAUUGGAAGACGUCAAAGCCUCAUUGAAGAUGCCAGGAAGGAAAGAGAAGCUGCAGCUGCAGCUACUGAUGCUGCAGAGUCUACAGAGACCAUUGUAUUUGAGGAGAAGGAUGGGAGAGCCAUGCUGAAUCUCUUCUUCAUGCUCAAGGGAGCCAAGACUUCACCGCUGUCCCGUGUACUUAAAGUAUUUGAGACAUUUGAAGCUAAAAUUCACCACCUGGAGACCAGGCUUAGCCGAAAGCCCCGUGAAGGAACUGCUGAACUGGAAUACUUUGUGCGCUGUGAAGUCCACAGCUCUGACCUCAACACUUUCAUUAGCUCCAUCAAGAGGGUAGCAGAAGAUGUGAGGACCACUAAGGAAGACAAAUUUCACUGGUUUCCAAGAAAAAUCUGUGAAUUGGACAAGUGCCACCAUUUGGUCACCAAGUUUGACCCUGACUUGGAUCUGGAUCACCCGGGCUACUCUGACCCAGUAUAUCGCCAGAGAAGGAAAUCAAUAGCAGAGAUUGCUUUUCACUAUAAGCAUGGGGACCCAAUCCCUCACGUGGAGUACACAGCAGAGGAGAUCGCUACCUGGAAGGAGGUGUACAGCACCCUGAAGAGCUUGUACCCUACCCAUGCCUGCAAGGAGUACCUUGAAGCUUUCAGUCUACUGGAGAAAUUCUGUGGCUACAAUGAGAACAACAUCCCUCAGCUGGAGGAGGUUUCCCGCUUCCUGAAAGAGAGGACUGGCUUCCAGCUCCGGCCGGUGGCUGGCUUGUUGUCAGCACGGGACUUCCUCGCCAGCCUGGCCUUCCGCGUCUUCCAGUGCACGCAGUACAUCCGCCACGCCUCCUCGCCCAUGCACUCCCCUGAGCCGGAUUGCUGUCACGAGCUGCUGGGGCACGUCCCGAUGCUGGCUGACAAGACAUUUGCCCAGUUCUCUCAGGACAUUGGGCUGGCAUCUCUGGGAGCAACUGAUGAAGAAAUUGAGAAACUAGCAACACUUUACUGGUUUACAGUGGAGUUUGGGCUCUGCAGACAGAACGGAAUAGUCAAAGCCUACGGAGCCGGGCUCCUGUCUUCCUACGGGGAGCUCAUACACUCCUUGUCAGACGAACCAGAGGUGCGGGAUUUUGACCCAGAUGCUGCUGCUGUUCAGCCCUACCAGGACCAGAACUACCAGCCUGUUUAUUUUGUGUCUGAAAGCUUCAGUGAUGCCAAAAGUAAAUUGAGGACCUAUGCAGCGCACAUCAAGCGGCCCUUCUCGGUGAAAUACGAGCCCUACACCCACAGCAUCGAGCUCCUGGACAGCCCUCAGACGAUCUGUCACUCCCUGGAGAGCGUAAGGGAUGAGCUUCACUCGCUGAUUAAUGCGCUCAAUGUUAUCAGUUAAUACAAGAACUGAGCUAUUUCCGUCCUUUCUUCCCUCUCAGCCCCAAACAUGCCCGCUCUGCCUUCACCCAGUUCCCAUCUGAUAAUUCCUGUCUUCUCCAAACAUUUGCACUGCUGCCUGUCACCACGCAACCCCAACAGCUUUCCACUUUUGUAUGUAGGGCCAGCUUGGAGGAGGGCAGCGGGAUGGACCCAAGGCUUGCUGGCUUUUUCGGUAGCUUUUCUGUUGACUGCUAGAAGAAUCUUAGCAGAGACAAAAAGCAUGGCCAAGCUAAACAGCUGAAGUCAAGAGCUGUGUGUUGGGCUUUUGAGUGCAAGGAAGAGGAAAAAAUCUUUAUUAAAAAAAAAGAGAAAAAAAGGAGAGAGAGAGAUAUGUUUUGUUGGUUUAUUGAUUUUGAGUU